AGUACACAGACUGUUAAUUCUGUCUUACUCAGUGUAGUAGGGCAGCACACAUUUUAACUUUUUAGAAUAAGGGAUAUACUUUUUUGUAUGGGUUUCAAAGGAAGAAGAGUAGAACAACAGCACAACCUGGAGUAUUCUUUCUUUAAUUAGAUUGGGAGACACGUGACAGCCGGUUUUGCCACUGGAUUCCACUGGAUCACAAGUGAGGUUGUCUGUUCUGUUUCUUCCUUUUGAUGCUGCACAUUUUUGUCUUAGAUUGAACAACUGAAUUAACGAUCAUGGUUGCUGGAAUGCUAAUGCCCUUAAGGGACCUAAGGGCCAUUUAUGAGGUCUUGUUUCGUAAUGGCGUCAUGGUUGCAAAGAAAGACAAGCGACCUCAGGUAAAGCAUCCGGAGAUUCAAGGUGUAAGUAAUCUCCAAGUAAUCCGUGCAAUGGGUUCUCUCAAAUCCAGAGGCUUUGUCAAGGAAACAUUUGCAUGGCGCCAUUUCUAUUGGUAUUUAACAAAUGAGGGCAUUGUUUACCUGCGUGAUUUUCUUAAGCUUCCCCCUGAAAUUGUCCCUGCAUCCCUACAAAGAGUUCGAAAGCCAACCUCAACUUUCGCUUUUGCCCAAAGAGCUGCACGGGUCCAAACUGUAGAAGGUCCAACUUCUUAUGUUCCUAAACCUGGACGCAGUGUAGAUGCAGAAAGCAAAGAUGCCCUAGCUGAACGUCAAGUCUAUCGCAGAAGAGUGAUGGAGUCAGCAGAAAGCCGUGGCUACUUUGAUAAGACACCGAGAUUCAGAGGACGCCCAAUUGGUGCUGAAGCCAAACCAUCACGAGAAAUAGUAGACAAUAGUCAGUCUUUGUUCACAAAUGGAUUCAACAUUGAGGAAAGCAGGUUUGCAAAAGUCUUCCAGCAGCAGCCAAGUGCAAGCGGAGACAGGCCACGUGAGAGAAUGAUUGUUCAGACAGAGAAAGCUGUGAGUUCUGCCCAGUUUAACAACAGCAUUGCAUCACAGGAUGUAUCCAAGUCUGGAGUGCCAUCAGUAAGCUCCCUACCAUUAACCGUAGCUGCAGCUUCAGGUGCCGUAGCAUUAAAGGUUCUAGUUGAAGCCUCCCCUCCCAAAACAAAUACAGAUAAGCCAAUGAAGACCACUGAAGAGAAGGCAUGGAGGAAAAUGAAUGAGCAGGGUACUAGAAGUUUUGAGACACAUGUCCAAAUGGAGAGUAGAAAUGCAGUUAGAGCAAUGGAGCAAGAUAUGUCUAUAGAAGUUAAAGCUCCUGCACAGUCUUCAAUAAAUACAGUCAUGGGUAAAGCACCCGCUCAGAAAGCCAUCACCAAACCUGCCAUUAGAGAGGCUGGCAUAGCAACUGAAACUACUAGCCUUUGGACAAAAUCUGCUGCAGAUAAAACAACAAUUGAAUCCAAAAUGACUGAAAGGACCACCAAAAUGUUAGAAGAAGUGACUGACAGUGAGGCAAGUAAAUCUGGUAUGUGUACUUAUGGAGUUCAAAUACCUCAAAAGGCCAAAGGUGCUGAAGCAGAGCAAACUGAUACAGUAGCUGGUUCUGCAACUUGUGAUGUUCCAACAGUAGAUAGUAAUUUAGGGACUAUUGCCCCUGUGAAAAUGUCCAAACCAGUGCAGGGAGAUGGAGUGAUCACAGAACUGACCAAAGUGGAAUCAGUAGAACAUGCAGUCCAGGCAGAUGAGAAAUCCCCGGGGGUGAUUGUUAAACCCACUGAACAGGAAUGUUGUGUUAUAACAGUCAAACCUGUAGCUGAGACAAGCUCUAAAUCAAAGAAAAAAAAGAAAAAUGAGAAAUCUACAAGUCCAACUUCUGAACUCCCCCAUGAUAUGAGUGUUCUGCAAAAGAAAAUCUGUAAAGAGGGGCCCGUUGAAGAGAAAGAUAUGACGCAAUUUUCAACUGGCAUCAAGCCACUGAAUCAACAACAUGGAGGUAGACGUGACACUGAUAAAGAACAAAUAAAAAGUGUUUCUGUAAAGUCUGGUGGAAAGUCAACCAAAGAUCAAUUAAAAGAAACAGUUCCUCAUACCUCUGCAGUAACUGAAGAUGGGGAAAUGAUAAAAGAUGUACCAGGAAGUUUGAAUCAAAAAACCCAGACACCACCUGUAAACCAAACAAUCUCAUAUCAAACUAAAACAGAAACUAUUAUUGAUCAAACAUCAGUGGUUCUAGUCCAUGAUGAAAUUAGUUCAAGUGAAGCUAACCAGGAGUCUGCAGUGAGCUCUAAAGUUAAAAGGAAGAAGAAGAAAGCAACUGAUGAAUUACCAACCAAUUCAGACAAUAAAGCAGAAACAAAACAAGCUGCUAUUCCUGUAUUAUCUGCACCUAAAUGUGAAAAUAAAGAUAAGUCUGAUAAGGGAGAGAUAGAUCAAGCUGAAACAUUGAAAAUAAAAGAAACUAGUGACAAAAUUAUUCAAGAGGUGCUUAAGAAGAGUGUGUCUGGAUCUGAGAGCUCAGUAGUGCCACCAGUGGAGCCUAAGGGGAUGACACAAGUGAAGCAGGAGAAAACAGUGACAGUUGAGAAAGUAACUAAAGUGCAUGAAGAGCAAACUACUGCACUGCCAGAAACGCAGGAACCAGUUUCAAUUAAGUCUUUGGAGAUGUCUAUUCCCCAAAAGGCUGAAACUGAAAAGGUAAUUCCUCCUGUCAUCGAAGAACAAACACCAGAGGCUCUUAAACUACAUGACCCCACUCCUCAAAGUGAUUCUCAGCAGGAGGCCGCAGGGAGGUCUAAAUCAAAAAGAAAGAAGAAGUUGUCAAAAGACACAAGUCCAGAAAUUACGGUAGAUACAAAACAAGAAGAUUCAACUGAGCAGCAAGAAAUUUCUGAUGAAAAUGUAAUUGUAACAGAAAAAAUUACAGUUAGCAAAACCAUCAAUGUGACUGCCAGUUCCGAAGAAAAGACAGAUUUUAAAUAUGCUGAUAUGGAGCCAGAAAAGGAUGAAAUAAUUGAGAAAACAAUUACAGAGAAGAUAGUAACUCAAGUUAAAGUCGUACAAGAAAGUGAAAUAACUGAAAUAAAAACUGAAGAGCCACCACUGGAAAAUGUCACUAUAGAAACAGCAAAUUUAGAUGUAGUUAAACCUGGGAAGAGAAAACACCCAAGAAAAGACAGAAGAAAUGAACGAAAGAUAAUUCUCUAUUCACCAUCUGAUGAGAUGGAUCAGGUGAAAACUCAGACAACUUCUGUAGAAAUAUCAGGCUCCCCCCAAGAAAGAAUUUCUCCAAGCUCUGAUGUAACCGGCACUGACAAGAUAGAUACUGACAUGGUUCAUGACAGGAAAGAAAAUGGUGAAAAACAAGAGCAGCAUAUCCAAAAAACUGAACAUAAACUAGAAAUUGUGAAGAAAAAAACUCAGGACCUGGUCAAAGAUGAGAUAUCAGUGGAAAAAACAGUCAUUGUUGAAAGUGAUGUGCCUUCUACUGUCACCCUUGAUGAAGGGGCCAUGUCUAAAACGGACAGUAUAAAACCGGAUGAAAAAGAUGAAAUGGGAAUUGCACAAAUGAAUAUUGUUACUAACACAAUUACAGAAAUUGCUUCUGUGACUGCUGCCAAACCUCAAGAUGAGCCUCCACUUGCACUUGAAACAAAAGAAAAAAUAACAGAAAGCCAAAUCAGUGUCAAUGAGCCCAAACACACAACAGAUUCUGAAGAUGUAAAUGUUGAGAUUAUAGAAGAAACUACAAAACCAGAAAUUAAAACUCCUGUGACAACAUCUCAAAAACUAAUUGAGCCCUUAAUGGAAAAGACAAUAAAUGUUCAAACAACUAAUAAAGAAGAAAAAACAUCACAAGAAGUUAUGAAAGACAAUGCAAAUAUAAGUCCAGCUGUCGCUACAUUACUGCCAGCAGAUAAAGUCAAACAUCAAGUGAAACAUGUAACUUUCAAAGAGGAAAUAAAGACCAUUUACGGUGUUAGUGAUGGAAAGCUGACUACAGUAGAGAGCUCCACAGUGCAACCAGGGGAUUCUAAUGAUACAGCACCUGUUGACAACAAAAUUACAGUCAGCACAACCAGCCAGGGACCAAGCAGUGCCAAAGAGGAGGGAGCGGAUAAGACUGAAAUAGUAACAGUUCAGAAAAUCACUGAAGAUGUAGCUGUGCAAGACCAAUUAGUUUCUCCACUAGAAACACUGGACCAAGGUCAAGAUGGGACCACAGAAGCAAAAAAUGAUGAAAAUGGGAUUUCUGUAAAUAAAAAAGUUAGUGAUAAUAUAGAAGUAACACAUGAAGUAGAUGACAGUGUCUUUGAGUCAAGCUCCAAAUCAAAGAAAAAGAAGAAGAAAGCAGCCAGUGGGACGUCAAAAGACACUGGUCCAGAAAAUAAGCAAAAUACAGAGAGUGAUAUUCAGCAAACUGGCAUUAUUAUUAGCAGAACCAACCAAGAGCCUAUUGAAACCAAAACAACAGAAGUUACUCAAGAGAAAACAGUGACACUCCAAAACACUAACAUUGUAAUUGAUAAAAACAUGCCCGAGUUGAAGAGCUUGCCAAAUAAUCAAGAACAAGUUUCUGUUCUGUCUACAGCAAAGAUUCCUAUUGCACAACAGGGUGAGAAGGUAAUUCCUCCUGUCGUCAAAGAAAUAACCCCAGAGGCUCUUAAAGUGACAGCACAUGAAUCCCAACUGGAGGGCCCCGUGAGCUCUAAACCCAAAAGAAAAAAGACGAAAUCUGAGAGUGAGCUGCCUGCGGACAGUUCAGAAAAUAUUGAGAAUAUUGUCAUUCCUGUUCAAUCUGUUCCAAUGAACACUAACAAUGAGCAAAUCAAACAAUCUGAAACAAUUAAGACUAUAGACACUAAUGAGAAACCAGUCAAAGACAUCUUGCUCAAAGUCCUGCCUCAAGUUGAAUCUAAGCAAACUACUUCUGUGGUAGAGACUGUUACUGUCUCCAAAACCAGCCAAGAGCCAACCAGCCCCAAAGAGAAAGUCAUUACUAAAAUUACACAUACACAGCCUGAGAACUCUGUAGCUGAACUGAAAUCUGAGACUGUUCAAAAGAUAGCUAAAGUUGAAAUUAUACAAGAAGGCCUGUUGCCUGAAUUAAAAAGCUCUGAUGGGCAGUUAGACACUAAAGAACCAGUAACAGAUGCUGUAGAAGAAGUAAAUAUAACAGUCAAAGAAACUAAAUCUAAAAAGAAGAAGAAGAAAUCUUUGAGUGAGUCCCCUGAAAACACUAGUCCUGAAAGAGAUGAGACUAAAACUGGCAAAGAAACUACACCGACUAUAACUGAAAUGUCAACAGAAAUGAUAGAUGACAUCGAAAAUACUCAUUCAAUUUGUCCCAGCUCAACUCUACCCCACAAUGAGCCUAAGGACAGUAUAAAUACAGCAGAUACGAUUAGUGUCAGCAAAUCCAGCCAGGAGCCAGGGGAAGAGAAAAUUAUGACAGGGAAAAUAUCUCAAGUUGAAAUCAAACAAGAAAUGUAUGAAAUUAAGAGCUUGCCAAUAACUGAGGAAGCACAAGCUGAUCAAGUACAUCCUCCAGCUAAAGAAAUGUAUCCAGAGGCUCUUAAAGUGACAGUACAUGAUUCCAACCCUGCAGUUGCAAGUGAAUCUCACCAGGAGGCACCAAUGAGCUCUAAAUCAAGGAGAAAGAAGAAGAAAUCGGAGAGUGAAAUGCCAAAAGACACCAGUCCAGAAAAUAAAGCAGAGGCCAAACAUGAACCUGCCUCAAAGAUAACAGUUGGGAAAACUCCCAUUUCUGUUUUAUCUACUCCAUCUGACACUGAUAAGAAGCAAGUCAAUCAAUCUGAAAUACUGGACAAGAGAGAAACAGAUGAUAAGCCAAUUAAAGAAAUCAUUAAACAGAAUGAGACGGCCUCUAAGACAUCAGUAGAAAUCCAUCCUUUAGUCACUACAAGUGUAACAGAGGAAAUUAAUGUCUGCAAAGCUAGACAAGAACCCACCAGCCCCAGAGAGAAUACGGAUACUAAUACAGAAAUAGCACAAAUUGAGAUAAAGAAGACUGAAUUAAAAACAAUGAGAGUUCAGAAAAUCACUGAAGUUGAACUCAUAGAAGAAAGUCCUGAUUUACAGCUAGAUACUGAACAGCCAGUUACAGAUGUAUCUACUGUAGAGACGUCAAUUACAAAGCAGACAGAAGAGGUCAUCAUUCCUGCCAGAGAAAUAAAAUCAAAAAGAAAGAAGAAGAAAUCUGAGAGUGAGAUGCCAAAAGAUACCAGUCCAGAGCAUAAAGCAGAGGCCAAACAUGAACCUGCCCUACAGAUAACAGUUGGGAAAACUGCCAUUGCUGUUUUAUCUACUCCAUCUGGCACUGAUAAGAAGGAAGUCAGUCAAUCUGAAACACUGGACAAGUCAGAAAGGGAUGAUAAGCCAAUUAAAGAAAUCAUUAAACAGAAUGAGAGCUCAGCAGCACCCCAAGUGGAUCCUUUAGUUACUACAAGUGUUACAGAGGAAAUUACUGUCUUUAAAACUACAAAAGAACCCACCAGCCCCAGUGAGAAGACAUUUACAAACACAGAAAUAGCACAAAUAGAGCUAAAGAAGACUGAAUUAAAAACAGUGACCGUUCAGAAAAUUACUAAAGUUGAAUUCAUAGAAGAAAGCCCUGGUUCACAACGAGACACUCAAGGGCCAGUAACAGAUGUAUCAACUAUAGAGACAUCAGUUACAAAGCAGACAGAAGAAGUCAUCAUUCCUGCCAAAGGAACAAAAUCUAAAAGGAAGAAGAAAUCUGUGACUGAGUUGCUUGGAGACAGCAGCCUGGAAAUCAAACCCACAGCAGAAGAGACCCACACUGAGGGGAAAACUAUUACUUCAACUGCUGUUCCUCUCUCAUCUCCAACUGCUGGAGAGCCAAAGACAGAAAAGAUGACAAAGAGUGAGUCAGUUUGUCCUAGCUCAACAGCACCUCCAGUGGAGCCUUUACAAGAUGCACAAAAUAUUAGUGUAAGCAAAACUGACAAGCCAGACAGUCCUAAAGAUACAUUUGAAAAUGUUGUGAUAGAGAAAAUAGUGACUGUUAAGCAAAUAACUCAAGAUGAACAUAUUGAAAAAGAAUUACAACUACCAGUAAUUGUUACACAACCUGAAACUCCAAAAAUAAUGAAGACUGAAUCAGUAGUGAAAAUGACAGACAAACAGCAGCCCUCUGGCAGUAGACAUGAUGAAUUAACUGAAAAAGCUCAAGUUGAAGCUAAAAAACAUGCUACAACAAGUAAGAAAAAGAAGUCUCCAGGUGACAAACAAUCUAGUGUAGAGGUCAUAGUAGAUGUGAAAGAAGAACAUAUAAAAGAUGUUCAUGUUGAAGAGAUAACAAAUAUUAAAUCAACUAAAACUGAAAUCUCCCAAGAAUGUCCGGUCACACUGCCAGAAACAACAGAAUUCGUAAAGCCUACCCCAGACCCCACUGAAACUUUAAAUGUGACUGCUCCUGUCAAAAAGGUUGAAAAAUCAUUGGAGGGUUCAGAAGUCAUGACCCAAGAGCCUGUUACUGAGACUGGAGGAGACAUGACCGGACCCAGCUCCAAAUCCAAAAGAAAGAAGAAGAAAUCUCCAACUACAGAACACCCACCAGAUAUUAGGAAAGAAAACAUUACAGGCAUCCCCUCUCAGGACAAAAAUAAACUUCAAACAAAUGGUGAUUCUACAGAGAAAAGGUCACCUGGGGGUAAACCCAGCCAUGACAAAGGGCAAAUAAUUGAGAUUUCAAAAGAGACUAGUGAUAGACAAGUCAAGGAAAUAUCUGCACAAAAAACAGAGGAGCUUGCUAAUCUUCCACAAAAGACUGAGACAGAAAAAUCUCCCAGUCCAAAAGAAAUCAUAAAGCCCCUGUCUGAGAGUGAAACUGUGACAAUGCAGAAUAUAACACAGACUGAGAUCACAGAGCAAACUCAAGUGCCUGCUAUUGAGCCUAAAUCCCCUAUAAGCCCUGUUAAAACUACUCUAGAGCCGGGCAAGACUAAGAGGAAAGGUAAAGGGAAAAAGCCUGCAGCAGCCCAGUUAUCAGAGACCAUAAACACUGAGCCUGCACUGUUGCCGGAAGCAGAAGCUCUGCCAGCAACAGGGGGCACUGAGCCAACCAAGGUUACUGUGACGGAUGACCCCAUCGUGGCCUUAGAAGUGACAGAAAGCAGUGCUGGUCCAAAGAAGACUGCAGAAAGAAUGCACGGUGAGGAAACUGUCCAGGCAGCAGCUGUGCUCCCUGAGGCCCCAGCAGACAAAAGAGAGGUGGGGCCUGCUCUGCCCCGUGCUGAAAAACGUAUGCAGAGAGCUCCAAAGGCAAAAACAUCCUCCACAGACAAGGGAGAGAGCGGAGAGUUAGCGUCAGAGGCACCAGCGCUAACAGCACAGGCAGCUGCAAGUCAGGCUCGGGACAGCCCCCUCCGCCCGCACCCGGAGCCUCCCAGAGUUGCACAACAGCAGUGGAGCAGACAGGCAGCAGAGCGCAGCACAGAGGAAAGGCACGCCAGUUCAAAGUCAUUGCUGCAAACUCAAGAGACGAAGAAGAAGUCGGUAAAGGACACACCCUCUGCCACCACCACACCUGCUGUCUCAGAGAUUCACCUUGGAGAACCCACUUACUCUAUAUUUUGUGAAACUGACGAAUCCAACAUGAGGAGGAAAAUAGUGAUAGUGGAGGAGACUGUGGAGGUGAAGCGGAUAGUUAGUCCAGAGGCUGGAGCAGGCGGGCAGUCCCCUCCACCACCUGUGACCUGCGAAGAAUUGGAUGAAGAAGAUGAAUUAGACUUGGAUGUUUUGGAGGAGAUCGCCAUAGAGAGGUCACUUUUGCAGACAGCACCCCGGCCCUUUUUCCCAGGAGCUGCUGAAGGGGACUGGGACCACUCGCUUGUGGAGCCGGAGGACAAGACUUUUAACUUCGUUGAAGAUGAACGGGACAGAGUACAAAAGAAGACCUUCACAAAAUGGGUGAACAAGCACUUGAUAAAUGCACAUCGUCAUGUGACAGAUCUCUAUGAAGACCUUCGGGAUGGACAUAACCUGAUCUCCCUGCUGGAGGUUCUCUCUGGGGAAACCCUGCCCAGAGAGAAAGGCCGCAUGCGAUUCCACAAACUGCAGAAUGUACAGAUAGCACUUGACUUCCUCCGUCACAGACAGGUGAAGCUUGUCAACAUCCGAAAUGAUGACAUCGCUGAUGGGAACCCCAAACUCACUUUGGGGUUAAUAUGGACCAUCAUCCUUCACUUCCAGAUCUCAGAUAUUCAGGUGAAUGGUCAGUCAGAAGACAUGUCAGCCAAGGAGAAGCUGCUCCUCUGGUCACAGAAGAUGACAGAUGGAUACCAGGGUAUUCGCUGUGACAACUUCACCACCAGCUGGAGAGAUGGGAAACUGUUCAAUGCAGUCAUUCACCGGCACUAUCCAAGACUUAUUGAUAUGGGCAAAGUGUACAGACAAAGCAACCUGGAAAACCUGGAGCAGGCUUUUGGAGUGGCAGAGCGAGACCUGGGAGUCACUCGCCUUUUGGAUCCAGAGGAUGUUGAUGUGGCUCACCCUGAUGAGAAGUCCAUCAUCACAUAUGUUUCAUCCCUGUAUGACGUCAUGCCCCGCGUUGAUGUAACCGUCAGACCUAAUGACUUGGAGCUGCGCUGGCAGGAGUACUACGAGCUGGUGACGCUUCUGCUGCAGUGGAUUCGACACCAUGUUGUCAUCUUUGAGGAGAAGAAGUUUCCCACCAGCUAUGAGGAGAUAGAGCUUUUGUGGCGUCAGUUCCUCAAGUUCAAGGAGACAGAGUUGCCAGUGAAAGAGACUGACAAGAACCACUCAAAACAAAUCUACCAGACCUUUGAGAGCGCAGUACAUGCUGGGCAGGUGAAAGUCCCACCAGGCUACCAUCCCAUUGAUGUGGAGAAGGAAUGGGGGCGGCUGCAUGUGGCCAUUCUCGAGAGAGAGCGUUUGCUCAGAAUAGAGUUUGAAAGACUUGAAAGACUGCAGAGGAUUUUCAGCAAAGUCCAAAUGGAGUCUGGUGUUUGUGAUGAUCAGCUCAGUCGUUUGGAGGCCCUCCUGCAGACUGACAUUCACCUGCUGAAUGCAGGGAAGCCAGCCCAACACACAGCAGAAGUUGAGAGAGAGCUGGACAAGGCAGACAACAUGAUCCGCCUGCUUUUCAAUGAUGUGCAGUUUCUUAAAGAUGGGCACCACCCUCAGGCUGAACAGAUGUAUCGCAGAGUAUUCCGGAUACAUGAGAGGCUGGUGAAUUUGCGCAGUGACUAUAACCUCCGACUAAAGGUUGCACCAGUGGUGUCAGUCCAGCAGGCUCCAGUGAAGGGCCGCCCAGAACUGGAUGAUGUCACUCUGCGUUAUGUACAGGAUCUGUUGGCCUGGGUGGAGGACACCCAGAAGCGCAUCGAUGAGGCAGAGUGGGGUUCAGACCAGCCCUCUGUGGAAUCCCAGCUGGGCAGCCAUCGGGGACUGCACCAAACUGUGGAAGAUUUCAAGGCUAAGAUUGAACGAGCCAAGACGGAUGAGAAUCAGCUAUCACCAAUAAGCAAAGGCACAUAUAAAGACUACCUGGGUAAACUGGACCUACAGUAUGGAAAACUGCUGAAUUCUUCAAAGUCUCGUCUGAGAAACUUGGAUUCACUUCAUGCAUUUGUCAGUGCUGCUACAAAAGAACUGAUGUGGCUCAACGACAAAGAGGAGGAGGAGGUCAACUAUGACUGGAGCGACAGGAACACAAAUAUGACAGCUAAGAAAGACAACUACUCUGGUCUUAUGCGAGAACUUGAACAUCGGGAGAAGAAGGUCAAUGACAUUCAGGCCAUGGGUGACAAACUUGUUCGCGAUAAUCAUCCUGGCAAAAAGACCGUUGAAGCUUUCACAGCUGCUCUGCAGACUCAGUGGAGCUGGCUCCUUCAACUGUGCUGCUGCAUUGAGGCUCAUCUAAAGGAAAACACAGCCUACUAUCAGUUCUUUGCUGAUGUGAAGGAGGCCCAGGAUAAGAUGACAAAGUCACAAGAAAACAUGAAAAAGAAGUACAGCUGUGAUCGCAACACAACAGCCACACGCUUGGAGGAUCUGCUGCAGGAUGCUGUGGAAGAGAGAGAGCAGCUGAAUGAGCUAAAGACUAUGGUAACUGGCCUUAACAAAAGAGCCAAGACCAUCAUCCAACUGAAGCCACGUAACCCCACCACCCCAAUCAAAGGAAAACUGCCCAUUCAAGCGGUGUGUGACUUCAAGCAACAGGAGAUCACCGUUCAUAAAGGAGACGAGUGUGCACUUCUUAACAACUCACAGCCAUUCAAGUGGAAGGUGCUGAAUCGGACUGGAAAUGAGUCUGUGGUCCCCUCUGUCUGCUUCAUAGUACCUCCCAUCAACAAGGAAGCUCUGGACAGUGUAGCCAGUCUGGACGGAGGCCAACAGCAGAUGGUGUUGAUGUGGCAGAAAUACUACAUAGACAUGAAGAGUCUGUUGUCGUGGCAAUACCUGAUGAAAGACUUUACGCAGAUUAAUUCAUGGAACAUUACUCUGUUGAAGUCCAUGAAGCCAGAAGAGUACAGGCUGGUGAUGAGGAACCUGGAGCUGCACUUCCAGGAUUUUAUGAGGGACAGCCAGGACUCUCAGAUGUUUAGACCUGAUGACCGCAUGCAAGUGGAGCAGGACUAUGCCAAGGCGACACAACAUUUUGAAAACCUCCUUCAUUCUAUGGAGAAAGGUCAACAGGAUGAGACACUGUGUAAGAACUACAUCUCUGAGCUGAAAGACCUGCGUAUGCACAUUGAGGACUGUGAGAACAGCACUGUGGCUCGAAUCCGAAAACCAGUGGAGUCAGAGCCUCUGAAGGAUUGUCUCCAGAAGACAUCAGAGCAGAAGAAAGUGCAGGUGGAGCUGGAUGGUCUGAAGAAGGACUUGGAUAAAGUCUCUACAAAGACGCAGCAGGUCCUGAACUCGCCUCAGCCCUCGGCCUCAGUUCCAGUGCUCCGCUCAGAGUUGGACCUCACAGUACAGAAGAUGGAUCACGCCCACAUGCUCUCUUCUGUCUACCUUGAGAAGCUGAAGACGGUAGAAAUGGUGAUCCGCAACACCCAGGGUGCAGAGGGUGUUCUCAAACAAUAUGAGGACUGCCUACGUGAGGUUCACACUGUUCCCAGUGACGUCAAAGAAGUGGAGUCUUAUAGAGCCAAGCUCAAGAAAAUGCGAGCAGAAGCAGAGGCUGAACAACCAGUGUUUGAUUCCUUGGAUGAGGAGUUAAAGAAGGCUUCAACAGUCAGUGACAAGAUGUCCCGCGUGCACAGUGAGCGUGAUGUGGAGCUAGACCACUACCGUCAGCUCUUGUCCAAUCUGCAAGAACGCUGGAAGGCUGUCUUCACCCAGAUCGACCUCCGACAGAGGGACCUGGAGCAGCUGGGCCGCCAGCUCGGCUACUAUAGGGAGAAUUACGACUGGCUCAUCCGCUGGAUCAAUGAUGCCAAGCAAAGGCAAGAGAGAAUACAAGCUAUACCCAUCACUGACACCAAAACCCUGAGAGAACAGCUGGCACAGGAGAAGAGGCUACUUGAGGAAAUUGAGAACAACAAAGAUAAAGUGGAUGAAUGUCAGAAAUAUGCUAAAUCUUACAUUGAUACAAUCAAAGAUUAUGAACUACAGUUAGUGGCUUACAAAGCACAAGUGGAGCCUCUUACUGCUUCACCCUUAAAGAAAACCAAGCUAGAUUCUGCCUCAGACAACAUUAUUCAAGAGUAUGUAACACUGAGGACUCGAUACAGUGAACUGAUGACACUGACUAGUCAGUACAUCAAGUUCCUGAAUGACACAGAGCGCCGCCUAGAGGAUGAGGAGAAAGCUGCAGAGAAACUCAAAGCAGAAGAAAAGAAAAAAAUGGCCGAGAUGCAGGCUGAACUAGACAAACAGAAACAGUUAGCUGAUGCUCAUGCAAAAGCCAUUGCCAAAGCAGAAAAAGAAGCCAAUGAGCUGAGACUUAGAAUGCAGGAAGAAGUGAGCAAAAGAGAAAUCGCAGCCGUAGAUGCACAAAGACAAAAGUCCAACAUCCAACUGGAACUCCAUGAGCUGAAAAAUCUCUCUGAGCAACAGAUUAAUGACAAAGCCCAACAGGUAGAAGAAGCUCUUCAAAGCCGGGCAAAGAUUGAGGAGGAAAUACACUUAAUAAGAAUCCAACUAGAGACUACAGUAAAGCAAAAAAUGAUUGCAGAAUCUGAGCUUAAGCAACUUCGUGACAAAGCUGAUGAAGCUGAAAAACUCAGAAAGGCCGCUCAAGAUGAGGCAGAGAAACUUCGCAGACAGGUCAAUGAAGAAACACAAAAGAAGCGCUUAGCAGAAGAAGAGCUUAAGCGCAAAUCUGAUGCAGAGAAAGAGGCCGCACGCCAAAAGCAAAAAGCUCUGGAAGACCUUGAAAAUCUUAGAAUGCAGGCGGAGGAGGCUGAGAGGAGAGUUAAACAAGCUCAGAUAGAAAAGGACAGACAAAUACAAGUAGCACAUGCAGCUGCCCAGAAAAGUGCUGCUGCUGAACUCCAGAGCAGACACCUGUCCUUUGUGGAAAAAACAUCCAAGUUGGAAGAAUCCCUUAAACAAGAGCAUGGUGCCGUACUUCAACUACAACUGGAAGCCACGCGUCUUCAAAAACAACAGGCUGAUGCUGAAAAUGCUAAAGAAGAGGCCGAAAGGGAGCUUGAAAAAUGGCGGCAAAAAGCCAACGAGGCUCUGCGACUAAGGCUUCAAGCUGAGGAAGAAGCCCACAAAAAGACCAUUGCACAGGAAGAAGCUGAGAAACAGAAGGAGGAUGCCGAGCGUGAAGCUAAGAAGAGAGCUAAAGCCGAAGAGUCUGCUCUAAAGCAAAAGGACAUGGCAGAGAAGGAGCUGGAGAGGCAGAGAAAGUUUGCUGACAGCACUGCUCAGCAGAAACUCAAUGCCGAACAGGAGCUGAUCCGUCUCAGGGCAGACUAUGACAAUGCUGAGCAACAAAGGUCCCUUCUGGAAGAUGAACUAUACCGUUUAAAGAAUGAAGUCAUUCGGGCUGAGCAACAAAGAAAACAACUAGAAGAUGAGCUGGCUAAAGUGAGGAGCGAAAUGGAUGUACUUAUUCAGAUGAAAUUCAAAGCAGAACAGGAGAGCAUGUCCAAUACAGAGAAGAGCAAACAGCUUCUGGAGGACAAAGCUGCCAAGAUGAGAGAUCUAGCAGAUGAGGCAAGUCGACUCAGAGCUAUUGCUGAAGAAGCCAAGCAGCAAAGACAGAUAGCUGAGGAGGAAGCGGCCCGUCAGAGGGCUGAAGCAGAGAGGAUCCUCAAAGAAAAGUUAGCAGCAAUUAGUGAAGCCACCCGCCUCAAAACUGAAGCUGAAAUUGCCCUAAAAGAAAAGGAAGCAGAAAAUGAAAGACUUCGCCGUAAAGCUGAAGAUGAGGCAUACCAGAGGAAAGCUCUUGAAGAUCAGGCUAAUCUGCACAAGCAGGAGAUUGAAGAAAAGAUCAUCUUACUCAAAAAAUCAUCAGAUGCUGAAAUGGAACGACAAAAGACACUUGUGGAUGAUACCCUCAAACAAAAGCGAAUCGUUGAAGAAGAAAUCAGAAUACUCAAGCUCAACUUUGAAAAAGCCUCCUCUGGCAAACUUGAUCUAGAGCUUGAACUUAACAAACUGAAAAACAUUGCUGAUGAAACCCAACAGAGCAAACUCAGGGCUGAAGAGGAGGCAGAAAAACUGAGGAAACUUGCCUUGGAGGAAGAAAAGCGCAGAAGAGAAGCUGAGGAAAGAGUGAAGAAAAUUGCAGCUGCAGAGGAGGAGGCAGCCAGACAGAGAAAGGCAGCCUUAGACGAAUUGGAACGUUUGAGAAAGAAAGCUGAAGAAGCCAGAAAGCAGAAAGAUGAAGCUGACCAAGAAGCUGAAAGGCAGCUUGUUGCAGCACAGCAAGCAGCAAUUAAAUGUAGCGCAGCCGAGCUCCAAGUCCAGACGGUUCUUGCUCAGCAGAAAGAAGAUGGUGCCAUGCAGCAAAAGCUGAAGGAAGAAUAUGAAAAAGCAAGAGCUCUAGCAAAAGAAGCUGCAGAAGCUAAAGAAAAGGCAGAACGUGAGGCAACAUUGCUUCGCCAACAAGCUGAGGAGGCAGAGAGGCAGAAAGCUGCUGCUGAACAAGAAGCUGCAAACCAGGCCAAAGCACAAGAGAACGCAGAGAGGCUGAGAAAAGAGGCAGAGUUUGAAGCCGCUAAACGGGCACAAGCAGAAGCCUCAGCGCUAAAGCAAAAGCAACAAGCUGAUGCAGAGAUGGCCAAGCACAAGAAACUGGCUGAACAAACAUUAAAGCAAAAGUUCCAAGUUGAGCAAGAGCUUACAAAGGUGAAACUUAAACUGGAUGAAACUGAUAAACAGAAAUCCCUCCUUGAUGACGAACUUCAGCGCUUAAAGGAUGAGGUGGAUGAUGCUGUUAAGCAGAGGUCUCAGGUGGAGGAGGAGCUUUUCAAAGUCAAAGUUCAAAUGGAGGAGCUAAUGAAACUGAAACUCAAGAUUGAAGAGGAGAAUCAGCGUCUCAUUAAGAAAGACAAAGACAGCACUCAAAAGUUGCUUGCAGAAGAAGCUGAAAAUAUGAAGAAGCUGGCUGAAGAUGCUGCCAGGCUUAGCAUAGAAGCACAAGAGGCAGCUCGUCUGAGACAAAUUGCAGAGGAUGACCUUAAUCAGCAACGAGCCCUGGCAGAAAAAAUGCUAAAAGAGAAAAUGCAAGCAAUUCAGGAAGCUUCUCGACUUAAGGCUGAAGCUGAAAUGCUGCAAAGACAAAAGGAUCUUGCACAGGAGCAAGCUCAAAAACUACUGGAGGAUAAGCAACUUAUGCAGCAGCGCCUGAAUGAGGAGACCGAGGAGUACCAGAAAUCUCUUGAAGCAGAGAGGAGAAGACAGUUAGAGAUAUUGGCUGAAGCAGAAAAACUCAAACUGCAAGUUUCUCAGCUCAGUGAGGCUCAGGCAAGAGCCGAAGAGGAAGCCAAAAAGUUCAAGAAACAGGCAGACACAAUUGCUUCCCGUCUCCAUGAGACAGAGAUAACUACAAGAGAAAAAAAUACAGUUGUGGAAAAACUGGAAAAUGAAAGGCUAAACUCCAGCAGAGAAGCUGAUGAUUUACGCAAAGCAAUCGCAGACCUAGAGAAGGAGAAGGCUAGACUCAAAAAAGAAGCAGAGGAACUUCAAUAUAAAUCAAAAGAGAUGGCUGAUGCACAACAGAAACAAAUAGAGCAUGAGAAAACCAUGCUGCAGCAGACAUUCCUAACAGAAAAGGAGAUGCUCUUGAGGAAGGAAAAGCAAAUUGAAGAUGAGAAAAAGAGACUCGAGAGUCAGUUUGAGGAGGAAGUCAGAAAGGCCCAAGCUCUCAAAGAUGAACAGGAGCGUCAGAAGAAACAAAUGGAGGAAGAGAAGAAAAAACUGCAAGCCAACAUGGAUGCUGCCCUCAACAAGCAGAAGGAGGCUGAGCUGGAAAUGCUUAACAAACAGAAAGAAAUGCAGGAGCUGGAGAGGAUUAGACUUGAGCAAGAAAGAAAACUUGCUGAGGAAAACCAGAAACUGCGAGAGAAACUGCAACAGAUGGAGGAUGCACAAAAGGAGCACACAAACAUUGAAACCAUAACAGUGGUUGAGACUACAAGAAAAGUCCUCAAUGGCCAAAAUGCUUCAGAUAUAACAGAUGGGGUUGAUCCUUUGUCUUUUGAUGGCAUUCGUGAAAAAGUUCCUGCAAGUCGAUUGCUUGAUAUUGGCCUUCUACCUAAGAAAGAGUUUGACAGAUUGAAAGAUGGCAAAACUACUGUGCAUGAGCUAGGAGAGAGUGAUAACCUGAAAGAAAUUCUUAAAGGAAGAAACUGCAUUGCUGGAAUACUAAGCCCAACUAAUCAGAAAAUGUCUAUCUAUCAAGCAUCCAAAGAAAAGAAGAUUACACUAGGUACAGCUAUGAUUCUUCUUGAGGCCCAAGCUGCUACAGGUUUUAUGAUAGACCCCAUUAACAACAAGAAAUUCUCUGUUAAUGAAGCAGUUAAAGAGGGUUUGAUUGGGCCAGAAUUGCACAACAAAAUGGUGUUGGCUGAGAGAGCUGUUGUUGGCUACAAAGAUCCCUACACUGGUGGAAAAAUAUCUACUUUUGAAGCAAUGAAGAAGGGUCUCAUUGAACAUGAUCAUGCAAUCAGAAUUCUUGAAGCUCAACUGGCAACUGGGGGCCUUGUUGAUCCUAUUCACAGUCAUAGAGUGCCCACUAAUUUGGCCUGUAAACAAGGCCAAUAUGAUGCAGAAAUGAACAAGAUCAUGGAGAAACCCUCAGAUGAUAACAAGGGGUACUUUGACCCAAGUACUCAAGAACCUCUUACGUAUACUGAACUAAUGGCAAGAUGCAAAACUGACUCAGACACAGGGCUUCUGCUCCUGCCCAUCACAGACCAAGCUGCAUAUUGUUCAAGCAUGUACACAGAAGAAGAGACUAAAGAUGUUUUCAACAAAACAACUGUGUCAGUACCAUUUGGUAGAUUCCAGGGCAAAACAGUCACUAUUUGGGAAAUCAUCAACUCUGAAUACUUCACUGAAGACCAGAAAAAAGACCUUCUACGUCAAUACAGGACAGGCAAAAUCACAAUUGAAAAGAUCAUCAAGAUUGUAAUUACUGUUGCAGAAGACAAAGAGAAGACAAGUGAAAUCACAUUUGAUGGUAUUAGAGGCCCUGUCCCUGCCGCAGAUCUAGUAGAAUCCAAAAUUAUUGAUAAGGACUUGUAUAAUAAAUUGCACAAAGGGGCUGUAACAGUUAAAGAAGUGUCUGAAAUGAAGCCUGUUGAAAAAGCAUUGAAAGGUACAAAUGGAAUUGCAGGUGUAUACAUAGAGUCUUCCAAACAGCCAAUGUCUUUCUAUCAAGCUAUGAAGAAGGACAUGAUGAGACCAGGGCUCGCUCUAAAUAUGCUUGAAGCCCAGACAGCAACAGGGUACAUUACUGACCCCAUCACCAACCAGAAGCAUACAGUUGAUGAAGCUGUGAAAGCAGGAGUUGUUGGCCCAGAGCUGCAUGAAAAGCUUCUGUCUGCUGAGAGGGCUGUGACAGGUUAUAGAGAUCCAUAUACGGGAAAAACUGUGUCUUUAUUCCAAGCAAUGAAGAAAGAUCUGAUCCCAAAAGAACAUGGCAUAAGGCUGCUUGAUGCCCAAUUGACCACUGGGGGUAUCAUUGAUCCAGUGAAGAGCCACCGCAUCCCUCAUGAUGUAGCCUGUCAGCGGAACUAUUUUGAUGAUGAAACAAAACAAAUCUUAACUACUCCCACCAAUGAGGCUAAAUGCUUUUUCAAUCCUAAUACAAAAGAGAAUGUCACAUAUGCACAGCUCUUUGAGAAAUGCAUCACUGACAAGAAAACAGGUCUCCAGCUCCUGCCUUUGUCUGAUGAAGCAAUCAAGUGUAAAGAAGAGACAACUUGCACAGAGGCUCAAACCAAAGAAGCAAUGACCCAGGCCACUAUGGAGUUGGAUAGUGGUCCAUUUAAGGGCAGGAAAGUCACAAUCUGGGAAAUAAUUCAUUCUGAAUAUUUCACAGAGCAGGAGAGAAAUGACCUCCUCAAACAGUUUAUGUCUGGAAAGAUCACUAUUGAAAAGCUAAUAAAGAUUAUUAUUACUGUCGUCACUGAAAAAGAAGUAAAGAAACAAGAGCAAUCCACUUUCAAGGGACUCAGAGCAAAUGUACCAGCAAGCUCACUCUAUGACUCUAAAAUCAUUGACAAACCUACAUUCAAUCUCCUUCAGCAAGGCAAAACAACACCUGCAGAAGUCAGUAGAAACCCCAAUGUCAGUAAAUAUCUCCAGGGCUCAGAUUGCAUUGCUGGUAUUUACAAUGAGCCUUCAAGAGAAAAGAUGAGCAUUUACCAAGCAAUGAAGAAAAAGCUCCUCAGACACAAUACAGGGCUUGCUCUUUUAGAGGCCCAGGCAGCCACUGGGUUCAUUGUGGAUCCAUUAAAAAACCAGUGCAUGUCAGUGGAUGAAGCAGUUAGGUCGGGCAUUGUUGGACCUGAGUUACACGAGAAGCUCCUGUCUGCAGAGAAGGCUGUCACAGGUUACAAAGACCCAUUUACCGGUAACAAAAUCUCCCUCUUUGAAGCAAUGCAAAAAGACUUGAUACUAAAGGAGCAAGCUUUGCCAAUGCUUGAAGCCCAGAUGGUUUGUGGAGGCAUCAUUGAUCCAGUUAACAGCCACCGAGUCCCCACUGAUGUGGCAUAUCAGAAAAACAUGUUUGAUAAACAAACUGCCAAAAUUCUGUCUGAACCAUAUGAUGAAAACAAAGUUUUCUCAGACCCUGAAAAUGAUGAAAAUGUCACCUACAAACAGCUUAAAGACAAGUGUCAAAAAGAUCCAGAUACAGGCUUGUACAUGCUGCCACUCUCAAAGCCACAGUCCCCAACUGUUGUAGAAAAGACCUACCUCUACACAGAGGAACAAACACAAAGUGACCUGAGCAACACUCAAAUUGACAUUCCAAUUGAGGGUUUCUCUGACAAACCAAUGAACCUCUGGGAUAUUAUGAAUUCAAAUCUGCUUCCUGAACAAGAAAGACAGAAGCUCAUGGAUGAAUACCGCUCUGGUAAAAUCACAAAAGAACGGAUGAUUAUCAUCAUUAUUGAGAUCAUGGAGCAGAGAGAAAUAAUCAGAAAUGAUGCUCCAUUAUCAUGCACAACAAUAAGAAGAAGGAUAACAAUUGAAGAAUUGUACAAUGCCCGAAUCAUAGAUUUGGAGACAUAUAAUCUCCUUAUACAAGGAAAAAGAGAUAUCCGUGACAUAAUGGAGUUGAGCAGUGUAAAGCAGUAUCUCUAUGGCACUGGUUGUGUUGCGGGAGUCACAACUGACUCGUGUAAAAUGAGCAUCUACCAAGCAAUGAAGAGAGAUUUCCUGACACCAGAGCUAGCCCUUAGUCUGCUAGAAGCACAGGCAGCUACCGGCUUUAUUGUAGACCCAAUUAAGAAUGAAACACUUACAGUUGAUGAAGCUGUCCGCAAAGGUGUGGUUGGACCAGAAAUCCAUGACAAACUCUUGUCAGCAGAAAGAGCAGUCACAGGAUACAAAGAUCCUUACAGUGGAAAAGUUAUCUCUCUUUUCCAGGCCAUGAAAAAAGACCUUGUAACCCAAGAUUAUGCUCUUAAAAUGUUAGAAGCACAAACUGCCACAGGAGGUAUUAUUGACCCUGAAUUCCAGUUCCACCUCCCAACAGAUGUCGCAAUGCAAAGAGGUUACAUUAAUAAAGAAACCAAUGAGAAACUAAAUGAUGAUGUUAAAGGCUUUAUUGACCCCGUAACGGAGGAGAAAGUUUCAUAUGCAGAGUUACUGAAGAGAUGCAAGCUAGAGGGAGGACUGCGUCUUCUUUCUUUGGGAGACAAGAGGUUGAUGUUUAAGGGUCUUAGGAAACAGAUCACAAUUGAGGAGCUUCUACGCUCACAGAUUAUUGACCUAGAGACUGUCAAACAAUUGAAUGAAGGUGCAUUAUCACUGGAUGAAGUUAGUAAUAGACUAUCACGAUACCUUGAAGGUACAGGCUGUAUUGCUGGUGUAUUUUUGGAAUCAUCAAAAGAACGUUUAUCCAUUUAUCAGGCUAUGAAGAAAAAUAUGAUUAGACCAGGUACAGCAUUUGAGCUCCUUGAAGCACAAGCAGCCACUGGAUACGUCAUUGAUCCCAUCAAAAACCUCAAACUUACAGUUACUGAAGCUGUAAAGAUGGGAAUUGUAGGACCUGAGUUCAAAGACAAACUUCUUUCAGCUGAGCGGGCAGUCACAGGCUAUAGAGAUCCAUAUUCAGGCAAGACAAUAUCUCUGUUCCAGGCCAUGAAUAAGGGUCUCAUAUUGAAAGAUCAUGGCAUUCGUCUACUAGAAGCCCAGAUUGCUACAGGAGGAAUCAUUGACCCAGAGGAAAGUCACCGCCUGCCAGUUGAAGUUGCCUACAAGCGUGGCUUCUUUGAUGAAGAAAUGAAUGAGAUUUUGACAGAUCCGUCUGAUGAUACCAAAGGUUUCUUUGAUCCCAACACUGAGGAAAAUCUAACAUACUUGCAGCUCAUGGAAAGGUGCAUUAAAGACCCUGACACUGGUCUGGUGCUUCUGCUGCUGAAAGAUAAACAUCGUGAAAGAAAAACAUCUUCUAAAUCUUCUGUCCGUAAGCGCCGUGUUGUCAUUGUUGACCCUGAAACUGGUAAAGAAAUGACGGUUUAUGAAGCAUACAGACGGGGAUUAAUUGACCAUCAAACCUACUUGGAGCUUGCAGAGCAGGAGUGUGAAUGGGAAGAGAUCACAAUGAGCUCCUCAGAUGGCACGGUCAAAACUCUAAUCAUUGACAGAAGAUCUGGGCGACAGUAUGAUGUUGAUGAUGCUAUUGGCCGUGGUCUGAUUGACCAACGCUCACUUGAAAGCUACAGGUCUGGAAACUUAUCCAUCACAGAGUUUGCAGAUAUGCUUUCUGGAAAUAUAGGAGGUUUCCGCUCACGGUCAUCUUCAGUUGGUUCCACCAGUGGCUCAACCUCCUCUUAUCCCAUGAGCCCCAUUCCAACUAUUAAAGCACCUGCAGUCAUAUGGAAUGACCCAAGUGAAGUCACUUGUCCCAUCGCUGGUAUACUGGAUAUAGACACUCUGGAAAAAAUUUCUGUAACAGAGGCCAUGCAUAGAAACUUGGUAGACAACAUUACAGGUCAACGACUUUUAGAAGCACAAGCUUGCACAGGAGGAAUAAUUGACCCCUCAAGUGGAGAAAGAUUCUCAGUCAGUGAUGCCACAGAGAAGGGUCUGGUGGAUAAAAUUAUGGUUGAUCGUCUUAACCUUGCCCAAAAAGCAUUUAAUGGCUUUGAAGACCCUAGAACAAAAUCUAAAAUGUCAGCUUCCCAAGCACUGAAAAAGGGCUGGUUGUAUUAUGAAGCUGGGCAGCGAUUCCUUGAGAUCCAGUAUCUCACAGGUGGACUUAUUGAGCCUGAGGUCGAGGGAAGAGUGUCACUCGAUGAGUCUAUCAGGAAGGGAACUAUUGAUUCACGCACUGCCCAAAAACUCAGAGAUGUGAAUGCUUAUUCAAAAUAUUUGACAUGUCCCAAAACCAAACUUAAAAUCUCCUUUAAAGACGCAAUGGACAAAAGCAUGGUUGAGGAAGGAUCUGGCCUGAGGCUUCUUGAAGCAUCAUCAGAAUCCACCAAAGGAGUGUAUAGUCCCUAUAAUCUGAGUGGAACUGGCUCGGCCUAUGGCUCUCGGUCUGGAUCAAGGACUGGUUCCAGAACUGGAUCAAGGAGGGGCAGUAUUGAUGCUGGCUCUGCCUUCAGCAUGAACUUCUCCUCCUCCUCUUAUACAUCAUCUUCAACCAGCUAUGGACGCAGAUUCACUUAUAGAAUGCAUUUCCUGAAGAUGGACACUCAGCUGGCUAGGUCUUAUAGUCCCCAUCAUCAUGUCCUCAUCCAGCCACUGGAUUCAUCAGAAGAACCUGCCAAUACCUCCCAGAACUCUUCUAUCAGCUCUUUGGAGUAUGACCCCUACUUUACUCUCCCAUCCAUUGGAGGAAGGAAGGAUGAAGGGGUGCAAUUUGAACCACAGGCAUUUUCAUCAAAGGACCAAAGAUAUGGUGCCGACAUGGAGGAGCUGAGUCAGUGGCAGUCUGAGUUCAGAGGUCAAAUCAGAGCCUUGAGACAGUGGCUGAAGAACAUGGAGAUGAGGCUUCCUGCUUCAGACCCCAGGGCUUACUCUGUUAGGCCACAGAGGGAACGAGGGGUUCUUUGUGCCUGGCCAGGGACUGCCAGCUCACUGAAGUGGUUGCUGCUGGAGAGGCCCACUGCACAGAUGAGCGAACACAGUGAAAAGGCAUUAGAAUCAGAUGGGAAGAAGAGGAUUAUGGGUAACCUCAUCAGUCGGCCCAGCUGCUUGGGUCAGAAGUCCAAGCAAGUGCGGUCCGAUGAAAACUUCUUGAAAGAGUGUUACCAACGGCGGAAAGAGUGGCCUUCUGUGGAGCAAAAUGGAGACACUAAACAAGAAGAAAUCAAUAACCAAGUAAAGAAUGAAGCAAUUAAAUGUGGUGAGGUGGACAAGGACAGGGAGGCAGAGGAAAUAGAAGAGAAAAGACAGCAAGAAUGUCAUACCCCAAAUUCAGAUAAAGUAUUGCGUAGUUCCCCGGCCUCUACAAUCAGGAGCAGCAGCACAUUGGAGAAUGCGUGGCACAGCUCACCUUCACCCAUAAAAACAUCCAGAAACGGGACACUUACAAGGAGAUCAGUGCCACCAGAGUAUGCUAGGUCCCCACUGGCUCAAAUUGACAAGAGUGCAGCUGAGAGGAGGGCAAGCUUUCAAAGAAGAGACUCACGAGAGGGCAGCCCCUGGCCGUGGAAGACUGUGGCUCCUAGAGAAGUAACGGAAGUGACAGAGGUUACAGAGACUAUAAUAACUGAGAUUGUGGAAGUAACUGAGUAUCCACCUGGAAGUAAAGGAGGUGACCCCAUAGUCACCAGAACUGUUAGGGUCUUAAACGGGGCUGCAAAGGAACUUGCUGAGCUUCAGAGCGAUGGACAGUCAAGUUCAGACCAAGAUUCAAUUGUGGAUAAAUGGAAAGGAACAAGACCGGCCGUGGCUCUGAGGGAUGCAGCUACAGAUUCUAAUACAUUUCUCCAAAAUCUGGAAACAUUGUUUAAAUGGGUGUGUGAGAUAGAGGAGCUCACAGCAAAUCAAAAGCCUCCAUCUUCAGAGGUCAAAGUGGUGAAGGCACAGCUCCAGGAACAAAAGCUCUUGCAGCGACUUUUAUCAGACCGCCGUCGUAGUAUGGACACUAUGAUGCUGGAGGGUCCCCGGCUGGUGGAGGCUCACCCAGGAGAAGAGGGUGAGGAUGCGUACACUAGGCUCUGUUCACUUGAGGAAAAAUGGAAGUCAUUACUACAAGAGGCUGAACAAAGGAGGGCAAAUCUGGAGCUCAUUCUUCCAAAGGCACAGUUGUUCCAGGAGGGAGUAGACAGUCUGCAACAGUGGUUCAUUUCUGUGGAGCAGGCUCUGGCUGAACUGCGUAAUGCUGAAAGAGUGAUGUUGCAUCUUGCAGAUGCUACAAAACGUGCCAAGGCUCUUGUUGAGGAGAUUCAAGUGAAAACGUCUGGGCUUGGAGAAAUACAAGAGUUAGGACAGAGUUUGAUAGAAGCAGUUUCAGAGGAUGAAGCAGCGCAGGUGCAGGAGAAGUUGGAUGCCCUCCGGAUCCGUUGCUCCGUGCUAAGUUUAAGCAGUCUGGAUGUGCUGCAGAGGCUGGAGCAGGCGCUGGAAGCCUCCAGCCGCUGCACCUCCAGCCAGGAGGACCUGCACCUGUGGCUUGGCCGCAUAGAGAGAGAGCUGCUGGGCGCCGCGGGAGCGCAGGCACACGCUGGAGAUGCGCUCCUGUGUGCUGCUGAAAGACAAAGGCUUCAGCAGGCAGUAGUGAAGGAGGUGGCAUGGUUCAAAGAAACCUCUUUGAGUCUGGAGAACCUGAAAAACAUUGACUUAAUCCCAACAACAAUAUCAGAGCAACUCCAUGAACAAAAGGUUUUAGCAGUGGAGAUUCUACAACAUAGGUUUAACAUUGAAAAAAUGGUGAAGAUUGCAGAAAUCCUGAUGACAUACAGUGAUGGAGAUACUACAGACCUUGUGACACCACUGGAGGCCUUACAGGAGCAGUGUAACAGCACUUCUGCCACUAAUUCCCAUGUGGUCCUGCAGCUCGAACAUGCUCACUCACUACUUCUCCAGUUCUCAGAAGGCAUUUCUGAGGUUUCACCCUGGUUAGAGGAAACUGAGACUCUUUCUGGCCAGCUCUCACUCAGUACCAUUAGCUACAAGGCAUUUCGGGAACAACAGGACCUUUUACAGGAUCUGAGGGAGUCUAUUGCAGAACACAAGCCUUUAAUUUCCCGCCUUUGUGCUUUGGCAAAACGGUUGUCAGAACUCAAUCCUUGCCAAGGCAAUGAGUACUGUCAGAAGGCCACAGAGGCUGAGAAUCGGCACAGAGCCAUAAGAAAUAAAGUACGGGAGACGUCUAAUCUACUGGAGGAGUCAUUGCCUCGAUUCACACAAUUGAAUGAGAGAAUGACCUUGAUCAGAGAGAGUCUUGAUCGACUGAAAAACCGCAUUCAGAUCCCCACUUCACUUCAGGCUCUCACCCCGAGGAUCCAGGAGCAGCUUCAGGACAAUAAGCACACUCUUGCUGAGCUGGCAAAACUGGAGCUCAGCCUUAGCACUGUCAGGAAUCAGGCUAGUGAGCUUUUGGGCAGUACACAGGCUGCUGGUGAUGAAUCCAUUGGAACAGCCAUACAGAAUCAGGUCUCUGGCUUGUCUCAUUUAUGGGAUGAAACGAAUGCUCAGGCCAAGGAAAAGGAAACAUGGCUGCUCAAAGUGUUAGAUCUCGCUGUGAAGUUUUGGAGAGACAUCACUGAUGUCACAGCAGCUCUAAGUGAAGCUCAUCAGGCUGUUAUGGAUCUAAACGCAAGUCAAACUGACUCUGAAACUAUUCGCCAAAGCCUCGAGACCAUGCAGACUCUAAGGGAGGACAUUGAUGGUAUACAGGGAGAUCUAGACACCCUUGGUGCUGUGGGGGUGGAUUUAAUGUCCGCUUGUGGGGACACAGACAGACCAGAUGUCACCAGGAGCCUUGAUGAACUGUAUAGUAACUGGAACAACCUGAGUAAACUCUGGACUGAAUGUCAUAAAAAGUUGGAAGAGUCAUUACAAUUAUCUCUCCAAUAUCAAGACACCAUGCAGGGUCUUUUUGAGUGGCUGAAGUCAGCUGAGUUGAGGUCCACUGAAGAAUUUAUUGUUGGAAAUGACCUUGAAUCAGUCAAAUACCAAUUAUGUGAUUUGAAGGCAUUUAAACGUGAGCUUUACCAGAAGAAGAUUGAGAUAGAAAGCCUGAAUCAUCGGUUUGUGUGUCGACUGUCUCCAGGAUCUGAGCGCCAAGGCUCAGUGUCUCCACUGUGUGAUUUCAGACAAAGAUGGGACAUCCUCGAGUCUGAAACCGUCAGCAGACAGCAUCUGUUAGAGUCUGCUCUGUUGGGUCUGGGCCAGUUCCAAAACACUCUGGAUGAGCUGCGCACUUGGUUGUCCCGAACAGCUGAACAGUUACAUGGUGGUCGGCCCAUUACCAUUGACCUUCAGGCCUGUGAGAUAGAGCUGGCCAAACAUAAGGUUUUGCGCAAUGAUGUAAUGUCCCAUGUCCGCACUGUGGAGUCCCUGAAUCUGGCUGGCAGGUCACUGUCAGAGACAGGCUCUGGGGCACAUGGUCUACAGUCUCAACUGGAACAACUCAAUGAGAGCUGGGAGUUUGUGCGCUGUGAGACAGAACGCCGGCAGCUGGAGCUAGAGAACAGACUAAGUCAGGUACAAGAUGUUACAAUGGAGAUUCAAGAUCUUUUGCAAUGGCUGGAAAACACAGAUGUCAAACUUUCUUCUUCCAAAGCAAUGUGGGGAAUGCCAGACUCAGCAGCAGAAAGACUCAGUGCACAUUUGGAGUUAUGCACAGAGAUGGACUCAAAGCUACACACCUACACUGAUGUGAAGAAUGCCAUUCACAGGAUGCUGGAGAGCAGUGAUGUCAUUCGGGGAUCAAGUAUAGAGCACAUCUUGUCUAUACUUGAACAGAAAUGGACAUUGGUUUACCACAAGGUUCAGGAGAAAAAGGAUAGUCUGACUGAAGGUUUGAGUUUGGCAAAGGAUUUCCACAGUAAUGUUCAAGAGCUCCUUAACAAGAUGACCAAGUGUGAGGACAGUUUUGGGCAUCUCUCACCUCCCAGCUUUGUGCUGGACUCAGUUGGCAGUCAACUGGAGAAACACAAAGACUUGGUAAAAGAGGUAAAUGGUUACUGUGAAAAGAAAAAUACUGUGGAGAAGAUAGGCAGCAGACUGACUGAAAUGAGCAGAAAGGAGGACUGUGAUGUCAUUCACAACCUGAUCAUGACUGUCCACGAUCGCUAUAAAAAAUUACAUCAACGUUUGGUAGAAAGAAGUAGGAUACUUGAAGAGGCCAAGAAGAGUGCAAAGCAGUUUAUUGAAUCUUGGCGGUUGCUAAUAGAGUGGAUGUCUGACGUAGAGCAAACUUUAGACACACAUAAAGAGAUUGCUGGGACUCAUGAUGAUAUCAAACAACAGCUGACUGAACAGAAGGAAUUUCAGAAACUACUAAGAGCAAAAAGACCAAUGUAUGAAGCCACAUUAAAAAAUGGUCGCAGUCUUCAUGAAAGAGCUCAGAGCAAACAUGACAGACAACAUCUAGAGAACCUACUUGCUGAACUCAAAGACACAUGGGACACAGUCAAUGGCAAAUCUCUGGAGAGGCAGCACAAACUGGAGGAAGCGCUUCUGUUUUCAGGACGGUUCACCGAUGCUCUCCAUGCCCUAAAUGACUGGCUGUACAGAACAGAGCCACAGUUAUCUGAAGAUGCUCCAGUCGGUGGUGAUAAGGAGAUGGUCAAUAACUUGAUAGAUAAACACAAGGCUUUCCAAAAGGAAUUAGGGAAGCGAGCCGGUUGCAUAAAGACCCUAAAGCGCUCAGUACGGGACUUGACCAGGAGCAGUACAGCUGAUGCACACUGGCUUCAGGAGCAAAUGGAUGAACUGGAGAGCCGCUGGGACGCUGUGUGCAAACUGUCAGUCAGCAAACAGGACAGACUGGAGGUAGCACUUAAACAGGCUGGAAAGUUUGAUAACCUUGUCCACUCUUUCAUGGAGCACCUUACAGAGGCAGAGAGAGCUCUCAAAUAUGGCUCUCUGCCUGAAGAGGAGGAAGCUUUGCACUCCUUCUAUGAGCAGCACAAGGAGUCAUUGAGUGCCUUCGAGAAUCAAGCAGUGCAGCUACAAAACAUACGGAGUUUGGGUGAAGAAAUACUGGCAUCUUGUCAUCCAGACUCCAUAAUCACAUUAAAAUCAUGGAUCAGUGUCACCGACACCAGAUAUGUGGAGGUUCACACUUGGGCUCUGCAGCAGGGUCAGAAAAUCCACACGAUUUUGUUAGCCCUGGAAGCUGAGAGGCAGGAAAUUCAGAGACUUUUAGACUGGAUCUCGUCUGCAGAAGAAGCUUUGAACCUCCGAGAGCAAGAGCCACUGGCUGAAACCACAGAGCAGAACCAAGAACUCAUUGACCAGCACUCCGUAUUUAUGGAAGAACUGAAUAAAAAGUUCCCUGAGGUUGAACAGGCCACUAAGUGCUGCAAACUCAAGACCAUCUCUAAACAAAUAUCAGUUUCGCCAAGCAAACGGCCUCUCACAAAAAGAAGGAGCACAUUAAAGCCCCAGCCUGCUACACCUGUCCCCUUAGAGCACCUUGACCCACAGACCCCACAGCUCUGUCAGCUGGUCAGCCAAUGGCAAAAACUAUGGUUGCUGUCUAUGGCCAGACAAAACCGUCUAGAACAACACCAGCAAAUGCUCAAAGAGAUGGAGGAGUUUGCAAACUUUGAUUUUAAUAUAUGGAGAAAGCGCUAUAUUCAGUGGAUAAGUCAUCUGAAGUCUCGGAUCCUUGAUGUAUUUCGUAGCAUUGAUAGAGAUCAGGAUGGCCGCAUUACAAGGAAGGAGUUUGUUGAUUAUGUUCUUACAUCCAAAUUCCCUACAAAUCCCUUAGAAAUGAAUGCAGUAGCAAAUAUAUUUGACAUGAACAGUGAUGGCUUCAUUGACUAUUAUGAGUUUGUGAGUGCACUUCAUCCCAGUCGAGACCCCUACAGAAAAACACUGGACGCAGAUCAAAUAAAUGAAGAGGUCAGUCGGCAGGUGUCUCAGUGUAAUUGCCCUAAGAGAUUCCAUGUGGAACAGAUUAGUGCCAACAGAUACAGGUUCGGAGAUUCACAACAGUUACGCAUGGUCCGAAUUUUGAGAAGCACUUUGAUGGUGAGAGUGGGAGGAGGCUGGACCGCGUUAGAUGAGUUUUUGGUGAAGAAUGAUCCUUGCAGAGUGAAGGGCCGGACUAACCUGAAGAUCAAAGAGAAAUACUUGUCUCCAACAGGAAGCAUGUCCAAAGGUUUGGCUGUCAGCAGGUCCAACUCAAGCCUCAGUCUGUAUAGCAGUGCCUCUGCCCCCACCAGCCCAACAUCACGCAAGAAGGCAUUUCUCAGGCGAAGUUUCUCAGGAGACCGCUGUAUCCGCCCUCGAAGUUCCAUUGCUGCUCUAGAUUCUGAUCUGCAGUUUGUCCCAUCAGAAGACACAUGUCUCUCACCAUCAGAAGAAGAUGAAAAAAUGCCGACUGGAUUACCGCCACACAUUUGAUGCUGCAGUUGUGAACUCGAGUCAUUAUGGGCCAUGAAGAUAGUAAUAAAGGAGAUGUAAGGUAUUUGAAAUCCUACAAGCUGCUCAUCAGCUGCCUAUUGUUCCUGAGGUCAAAGGUCAGAGUUCAUGCCAAAGGGGAUUUAGUAAUGGAGCACUGACAUUGUUCCCAGUGUUAGAUUUGAUCAGUUAAAAGCAAAAAACAAAAAACUUGAAAGACAUUUUGUUCCUUGAUGCAGUAGUUUUCACAUGGAUAAUGAAGUUGGAAUUCAGAAAGACUGCAUGCUACAUUGUGCAUGGCACUAAAUCCUUCUGGAGUGCUUCUAUUCAAACAUAUCACUAAUGCCAUAUUUUUGGCAAUGUUAGAUUAAUUAUGAGAAAAGUUGGACAGUAAUUGUCUUGUGAUGACUGAUUCUUGAGGGCCUACCAGUUUCCAAAAAAGAAGUGUACCAAAUCUGUUUUGUGAAUUUCAAGCAACAUAAUGUUGGCAGGGCCACACGCGUUUGUCUAAUACAUUUUGUGAUACCAUGUUAUGAAUUGCUCAUUACAUAUAUACUUUUAUAUUGAUUAAAACACUGGAGAUUGUUUUAUGGACAAUGCACUUAAAGAUGUGGCAUUGCUAAAUUGUAGAGAUUCUUUUCUCAGGAUUGAUUUUGCAGUUGGUUGUAAGCAUUUCUAUGGAACAUUACUGUGAAUUCAAUAGUAUGAACUCAUGUGUACACUAUUUCAGCUUUAUGUUUAUAAAAAUGCACUUUUAUGUUCACUACUGGAGUAGUGAGUUCUGAGUCAGAAGACAUGAAGAAUUACAUAUUUUAAAGGUUCUAGAUCAGGUUACUAGGUCCGGCUCUUCCAGUGUAAAGCCCUUCCAUAAUAUGCAUGGUUUCAACUUUAUAAUGUAUACCAUAAAGAAACAAUUGCUGUUAAUUCUAAGCCAGUGCAGGCUUUUUUGUACUUAUUGUCAACUGGUAAAACCAUAUUAACUUUAAAUGUUGUGUAUGGGUGUCAUUUUGUACCAGAGUUACAUAAUUUGGGAUAAUAAAAUGUGCUUAUAUUUUAAAAGCAUUUGCUCUAUGCAGUGGUGCUGUUUUUAAAAGUUUUACAUUACACAUUUGUAAAUGUCAACAAUUAAUUUAAAUUAUAAAAUGCUUCAUUCAGAUUCUACUAUUGCUAUGCACUCUAAACUUUGUGUACUGUAACUAUUUCUAUCCCCAGCCUUCUUCGUAAUAUCUAUGUAGGGAGAUUGUACUUGAAUGUCACUAAUAUGUAUAUA